AUGACUGGCACAUCAUCUGUAGGCCCCAUCAGCGUCAACGGCGCCGGUGACCAGCGCAACGUUAAGAACUCGGAGCUCGAGCACGCCGAGCGUUACGAGGAGGGCAAGGUCAACUCUCACAACACCGACGACUCCAAGGACCAGCGAUCCAUCGCCAACCGUCUGGCCGCUGAGGAGAAGAAAGACGAUGAGCCAAAGGAUGACAAGGAGACCGCAAUGUCCAAGAAGGACCCUACACUUCCCGCCAAGGCCCACGGCAACGAGCCCUCCAAAGGCGCCAAGAUUGAUGCCGAGCUCCAGGCCGAGGAGGAAGAGACCAUCAACAAGAAGAAGUCGGGAAAGACAGACAGCAUGCCCGGCAAGAAGAACUGA